AUGACUCAUACAAAUAAUGUAAUGCAUCAUGAUAAUAUGCAACAACAACAACAAAGACCAUGUCGUUGUGCGCAAAUACCAUGUUGUUGUGGGAAUAAUGUAAUGCAUCAUGAUAAUAUGCAACAACAACAACAACAAAGGCCAUGCCGUUGUGGGCAAAGACCAUGUUGCUGUGGGAAUAAUGUAAUGCAUCAUGAUAAUAUACAACAACAAUAUCAACAACAACAACAACAAAGAACAUGUUGCUGUGAUCAGCAAAGAUCUGAAUUAAUUGAUCCAUGUGCAAAUAUGUAUCGUCGUUAUGAUAUGGCAACACCAUGUGAAAAUACUAAAGAAGUUUAUUAUACAACAGUUGCAUCAAAUAGCUAA